AUGUUCCACAGGGAUGCCCCUGUGAACGUAUUUACGUUUCAGUGUGCUAUAGCUUUCGAAACUAUGCUAGACGAACAUUUUGAACGAGUCGUUGCAUGUACUUUAUUUCAUUUAGGUUCUAGCGGUGGUUUUAGAGAAACAGCUCAGGCUUUUGGUGAAUCAAAGGCAUGGUGUAUUGGUUUUCCGUUGUGUUGUGGAGCUAUUGACGGGACACUGAUAGCAAUAAAUCGGCCUCAAGAAUUUGAAGGUUGGUACAAUCGCAAAGGCUUCCCCUCGUUAAAUGUGCAAGCCGUAUGUGACCACCGGAAAAGGUUCACAUCGCUCGACGUUCGCCCUGGGUCAUGGAGUGACGCGAAAAUAUUUGAAUUCUCGGUGUUUGGCAGAAAUAUUGAGCGAAUUCUACCAAGAGGACAUCAUAUUCUCGCAGAUGCCGGCUACGACGAAGUUCAAUUACAAGUUAUCUUCGACCCGCAUGGUGAUUGA